AAAGGAGCAGGAAGGACACGAAGAAGACGGAGGGCGAGCAUUUUGUUACCAGGCCACGACCUGAUACUGAUAGUUACUAAGUGAAAAAAAGGUUACAUAACGACGAAAUUUUUUAUUUAAUUUUAGCUUUGUGUGAUCUGCAGAGAGGGAGGCGUCGAGACGAAUCUCUACGGCAGCACAUUUCCCGUGAUAUUUUGACUUUGGUUGGAUCUCUUCAAUAACAAACGGUAAGGUUAGCGUUAGCUGAAGAGGCUAGCUCGCUGUUAGCUGUUGGCCAUGUUGGUUCUUGUUUUUCAGACGUUCCGAGGCCUAUUGUAAACAGUUUGGAGCGCUUAGCUCGAAAAACGCAGACGUGUGCACAUAUGUACAACUGUAGUAGUAUGCAUGUUAAUAUAUUCACAUAUUAUGGUGUUAAACCAUAACGGGGGUCAUUAAAAUCAUCUAAAGUUGAUGAAAGUUGAAUAGACGGAAACGUUGUCGAGGCGGCUGCUUAGCAUUAGCUCUGUUGACUUAUAAAAGCGUGUUAAACAUGAAUGUGUUAAUGCUGCAUCUUAGUUGAAGUACAAGACCGACUCUAGAUGUGGUGAAAAAGGUGGAAAUAAUCAAUUAUUUCUCAUCGUAAUAUAGCGCCAUUCAAUUAGGAUUAUUUAGACAAGUAUCAAAAGCUAUUGUCGAUCGUAAGAAAUAACUUUCCCUCUGUUUGUCUUGAAUUCAUUUUUAGCAUCGUGAGACUGCUCGUCCAAACACCAGACAGUUUCGCCGCCUUUUCUCUGCCCAGACCAAACAAAACCAGGUCUUGAUCCCAAACUCCUUUCAGAUCUUAAACAGACUAUCACCGAGAGGCUUUAGAUUAUUGCACGUAUCGAUUGAGAGAUUAAUUGCAAGAUUGAUUGUGCAAAAUUUACAAUUUUACUGCAUGUCUGUUUUGAGUCCUCAUUUGACCAAGUCCUAAUACCAGAAAACUAAUACCUAGACUUCCUAUGAGAUUCCUGAGUGGCUACAGACGCUUUACACAAGGGUCAGACCGAUAUGGAUUUUUUUGGGGCCGAUACCGAUUAUUAAUCGGUAAAAAUCCGAUUACCGAUUAAUCGGCUGAUUUUUACAUUUUUUAAAAUAAAGUUUUAAAAAAUAUCUACACAGUAGAUAUCUACAGUAUACUAUAUACUGUAGUAGUUACUCAUUUCGGCCCGGUCUCACCUGGAGACAUGCAGCUGCCUCAGUAAGAGAAGUAGCUCGAUCACGUAACGUGUACUGUUGUUUAUUCUACCAUUACUAACACGUUUAACAGCGUAGCAAGGCUCAUAGCAGAUGGCUAACUCUAACUUUAGCUUGCGUAUUACAUGGUGGUUCACCGUUAACUCAGCGUAACCGAGACCAGCACAGCAGGGAAGGUCGUGAAGUGGGUUGAACUGAAACUUGUUGACUUAUUGUAUAUUUCACAAGCUAGUUUGUUUACCGUUGAGACUGAUCACUCUCCUCCGUGCAUCCCUGCCGCUGCCUGCUUCACAUCCAUCACUCUGCUGUGCUGUGAGGUAGUUAGUGGAUGAAGAUUGUCAUGAGGUCGCUGCGCCAUCUACAGGAUAAGUCGGAGGAUCUUUUCAAAUGGCGGAACAUUUUCGAAGUGAAACUGAAUCUUAUUCUCCGCAUUUUAUUUUUCGAAAUACCGGCGAAAAUCGGCGAGCUUUGGCCGAUUUAGUCUCAAACGAGCUAAAAUUGGCCGAUUUAAUCAGCUAGCUGAUAAAUCGGUUCGGCCCUACUUUACACACAGUGAAACUUUUUCUUUUAUCUAGACUACAUUUGUUGUUUUAAUGUCAUAGCUAAUGUUAUGACUCAUGUCUGCUUUCUUUCACAGGAUCAUCAUGGCUGAUGAUUUUGACGUCGAGGCCAUGCUGGAGGCUCCAUACAGAAAGGUGGGUUGCAGAUAACAGAGAUAUUGAGGCCUGUUUUGCUGUUAUGAUUUUCUCUUUGAGUCCUUUUUAUAUUUGCUUAUGUUUUCAAAGUUUUCUUGAAUGUUGUGUGGUGUGAUUGAGUAUUUCAAACGCAAUACAGAAUUAUAAAUAAAUCCACAUCUAUCUCUCUUUAUAGACUUCCCUAAUGAUAUCUCACCUCUACUCCCAUGAAUUCAUCUUUGAUUCCACUGUGAACUGUGAAAAAAAGGAAGGUAGUUAUUGUGCAUAUACUGAUGUACUGUGGUUCACCUUAGGACUAAAAGAGAUUCAACAUAGAACAUCCGAUCCGUAUUCGGUUGCAAAAAGGUGAAUGCCAGUGGUUAAAAAGCCCAUCCUUACCUAUCCAGCUAAGGAGGCAGUAUUCAGAUUUACAAUUCUGUGCCCACAAUCCAUCUGAAUGUCCAGUCACCUGUAACAGAGAUCCAAAGUUGUCAAUGGGGGAAAAAAAACAUGCAUUCUACUGUUUCUGUAAGGAAUCAAUCACACUGCUGUCUCCAUGUGCUCCAGCUUUUACAAUCUGUUGUUAGUCAGAAUUUGAGACUGAAAUUUAAAAGGAUUUCUUCCCACAAAAAAUGGAUUGAUAUUGAAUUAUUCUUGUAUCAGACUAACUCAUAGUUUGAGGGUGUUUUGCCUGAAAAUGUAAAGUGUCCAGUUUUAACACUCCAUCAUGUCAGAAUUUUAAUACAAAUGCACAUAACUAUUGUCUUUUCCAUGUAAAUAUGAAUACUGCCUCUUUGCAAUAGCCAAUUGUAAUGUGACCAAGCAUCUUGAAUCUUGCAUGCUACACAAUACUUCAUAUAUUGAUUUAUUACCGUAAUGACUGUAAAAUAGAUAUUUCUAUCUAGCAACAUUGUUUAUUGAGUAACAUGUCCACAGUUAAUUCUUUAAGUAAAAAGUAUAAAGAAAAAUGACCUAUAAUAUGAAGUUUAGGCUAAUAACAGAAUGUAAUCUGGGCUGAAUUAAUGGAUUUAUUUAAUUUUGACAUUUUUUAUUCAUUUAUUUUCAUGGGCGUCAAUAUUACUAAGAAGUGUGAAUCCCUGUUUGCUUCAGGGCAAGAUGUGUGACAGAGGUGGCAUCGAGCUCUUACAGUCCAAGAACGAAAAUGGGUGAAGAUCACUGGACUGACACCAACCACACAGGAUCUCUUUUAGUGGCCGUCACAUGAUUAGGCCCAAAUAGUGGCAUGGGUACGGCCUAUUAGGAGGGGAAUGGUGGAGAUGAUCUGACUUCUUGUGAAAGCUUCCUGAACUCUGCUAAUGUUGGAUACUCUCCAUUAACUUGACUUUUGUUGCAUUAAGUACUGAAAAAAAAGAGAGCAGGAGAGAGAUGGGAAGCUAUUGGGGUGGUGGAAGGAAACUGUCCAGACAUGACAGUAGGAAGUUUGAAGUAUUUUUAUUAAUUGAAUAUAUUCUGCAUUUUCUCUUGUCCCACCCCACCCCCUUUACCUUGACGACUUGAAAUGUCUCAUCUACGUCCUCAUGAUGUUCUUCUAUGAACCUUGCUUAGGAUGAGAUCAAGUCCUCUCAUGCAAACGGACAUGAUGACUCAAGCAAGAAGUAAGUUUUCAACAUUCAUAACACAUCAGAUCCAUAUCGUAUACUACUUAAAGUUGCUCGUUGUAUAGAAUUAACUGUGUUUGUUUGUUCCACAGGAAAAGGAGGAGUCGAAGCAGGAGCCGGAGCCCAGGCUCCAAGAAAAAGAGAAGUAGAAGCAGGGACAAAAAGAAGAGCAAGAAGAGGAGCAAGAGCCGAGAAAGAAAACGAAGCCGCAGCAGAGAACGCCACCGCAGCCGCUCCAGAAGCAAGGAGAGGUCCGGGCGAUACAGAGCACGCAAGAGCCCCAUGUGAGUGACCUUUCAGACUCAGUGGCACUGACACACACAUGAGCUGGUUUUCAACCAAUCUGUGUCUUCUUUGCUUACAGUGUCUCACACAGUCUCCAAAUAGUGCCAACAAAAAAGGGCAUUGUGCCUGUUGAGGAGCUUCAAAAAGACAUGAUCGCUAAAGUAAAGCAUUUAAAUGGAAAGGCCAUUGUUAAUGCUGUCUCGUACAUUUGUGUUUUCCCUCAGAACGUCUCCUUUGCACGGUCUUAUGUGGGAGAACCAGAUUAUUUUUUGAUACUCAAACUGAAAACUGCAAUCAAGUAAUUAUUUGUUCAAGUUUAACAACAGCCUUUUGUGUAAUUUAAGCUGAGAAAGUAUUUCCUCUUUUUGUAGCCGAAAACGGUCCAAAAGUCGGAGUCCCCCUUCCAAAAAAGAAAAGAGUCCCAUCAGGUAAGAUUAAUAUUUUCUGCACAUAGCCAUUUUUACUAAUGAUUUGAUUACUACACCCUAAAAAAUCACAUUUGUUUUUAAACUUGUUUCAAUAUUUUUCUCUUUUUUUUUUAGGCAACCUAUCGACAAUCUAACACCAGAGGAGAGAGAUGCCCGCACAGUCUUCUGUAUGCAGCUCGCAGCCAGAAUCAGAGCUCGAGAUCUUGAAGAUUUCUUCUCAGCGGUUGGAAAAGUGAGUAUUCAUGUUGUAUAUAUUUAAGACAACAGAGAUCUGCAUUUGAAAUGAUCUGUAAAACCACCACUUGUUUCUCUCUCCGCAGGUAAGAGAUGUGAGGAUGAUCUCAGACAGAAACUCCCGGAGGUCAAAGGGCAUUGCAUACAUAGAGUUUGUGGAAGCCUCCUCAGUACCGCUGGCAAUUGGUUUGACUGGACAGAGGCUUUUAGGAGUGCCCAUCAUCGUCCAGGCUUCACAGGUCAUGGUAACUUCAUCUAAGUAUAAUCUCCAACUGGACUAUUUCUACCCGAUGUGACCACACGUAGAAAUAGAACGCUGCCAUGCUUCAGUGGCAGAGGACUGUCAGUGACCCAAACACUGACCAGCAGAGUCGACGGCUCAUAAACCAUGUGAAGUGUUUGCAAUUGCCAAACAAACAGUGCAGGAAUGCACCGUGCAGCGUCAAAUGUUUAGAAGCCCCGAUUUCAAGCGGGUCACAUCGGGCUGGGACACAUUCAGUAUUUGUUAGCAAGUUUAUUGAAUUAAUAUAACGACAUCACUUGUGAAUGUGAUUACAGGCAGAGAAGAACAGAGCAGCUGCUGCUGCCAAUAAUCUACAAAAGGGCAGCUCAGGUCCUAUGCGUCUGUAUGUGGGCUCGCUGCAUUUCAACAUCACUGAAGAAAUGCUGCGGGGGAUCUUUGAACCUUUUGGAAAGGUCAGUAAGUUUCACCAUAAAAUCAUCAUUCUUUACUGUCUGUAGAAAGAUUGAUUACAACUCAGUUUGUAUCUUACAGAUUGAAGGAAUCCAGCUGAUGAUGGACAGUGAGACCGGACGAUCUAAAGGAUAUGGCUUCAUAUCGGUAAGUUAAACCUAAAAGAUUCUCUUGAUUCUGUUUAAGCAGCAGCAGCUGGUAAGAGUCUCAUCUCUUUGCCUUUUUGAAGUUUGCAGAUGCAGAGUGUGCGAAAAAAGCUCUGGAGCAGCUGAACGGCUUUGAGCUCGCAGGGCGUCCGAUGAAAGUGGGGCACGUUACAGAGCGCUCCGACUCAUCAACAGCCAGCUCGUUCCUGGACAACGACGAGCUGGAGAGGACCGGCAUUGACCUUGGAACAACAGGUCGUCUGCAGCUGAUGGCUCGGCUAGCAGAAGGUUUGUUGAAACAGUAACACAUAGUGGACUUCAAUGCUUUAUACAAUGUUAGCACAAUCCCUAUGUAGGCUAACCAUGACGUUAAUAUCAUGUCAACGCCAGAUUACAUGUUCCUAAACCUAAUCUCUCUCCACUCGCAGGAACUGGUCUCAAGAUCCCACCUGCAGCCCAGCAGGCCCUGCAGAUGACCGGCUCCAUACCUUUUGGAAACAUGGCUGCUCCGCCAGGUGUGUAUGUAGAUGAUGGAUGAGAUUUGGUCAGUGUUUGUGUUUCGCAUCGAGAAAACUCACUGACUCUGCGUUCCUCUUUCUCAGUCGUUCCAACUCCAGCUCCGAGCCAAGCCCUGAACCUCCCAUCACAGCCGCUGGCCACACACUGCCUUCAGCUGUCCAACCUGUUCAACCCACAAUCGUAAGCACCCCACAUUAUUGAAGCUGGUUCUGAAAUAACACUUGGGUAUCAAAGCAGUUAUACAUUUUACUUAUUUUGAUUAGUCUCUUUUUCUGAACAUAAACCCUUUUUAAGGUACUGGAUUUCUUUUUUAAAGCUUUCUUUGUAAUUUUCAGGGAAAAUGAUCCCACCUGGGCCAUUGAGAUCCAGGACGAUGUCAUUGAGGAGUGCAACAAACAUGGAGGAAUUGUGCACAUUUAUGUUGAUAAAAAUUCUACCCAAGUAAGUCCAAACCAUCUUGGAGGUUCAUUUCUGUUUUUAUACCUCAUCAAAGUGAAAAGAAGUGGGUUUUAAUGUUUUGUGCUUUUGUUUUGAAAGGGUAAUGUGUACGUGAAGUGUCCCUCAAUACCAGCAGCAAUGGCCACUGUAAAUGCCCUCCAUGGACGCUGGUUCGCAGGUGCGUUAAUCUCACAUGAAUCUUUGAAAUAUCAGUGAAAUCAUGAUGUGCUUUCAGAGUUUGAUUUUCUUUUUUUCCAUUCCAGGCAAAAUGAUAACGGCUGCCUACGUCCCCUUACCGACCUACCACAACCUCUUCCCUGAUUCAGUCACAGCGAAGCAGCUUCUAAUGCCAACACGCCGAUAGUCAGCUCAUGAGAGUCUGUAAAUACAUUUGUUUGCAUUCAUUGAAAUGUCAUCGAAACGGGCGCAUCAGAAUUAGUUGGCUGUGUGUAAUAAAAGUUGCCUCAUGCUCACGUGUUCACCAUUGAAAAUAGGCAUUUUCUUUGAGUUGCUUUUCAGAUAAUUGUGGAUUUGUGUUGUUAAACUACCACUGAGAAGUAAUCCGCAGGUAUCUAUUGGUCUGUAUGUUUUUAAAUAUUACUUUAUCAGCUUGUUUAAAAUCCAGUUUUAGCUUCAAAAUAAAUUACAAAGAAAUACAGAAAUGUGUUGGGUUAAUAGGCCUUAAAUGCCAAAAGUAUAUCAAUGUCAACAAUAAUCCUUUGUAACUUUUUACAGCCAUAAUUUCAUUUUUUGUAUGAAGGCUCCAAAUAAACUUUGGCAAAUUUGACAUUUCA